CACAAACACGCAAUUCAACAGCGAAUGAUCAGAUCAUUUUUUUCUCGUAUACGAUUAGAAGCUUGAGACUUGUCAUUAUAGACAAAUUUUCUGAUGUUUUGUCAGACUUGUGGCACAGCCAUUAACCAUCAAAAAGCCAAUUUCUGUGGGAACUGCGGUGCAGAAAUAAUGAAAUGCACACCAGACCGUGAAUAUGAAGGUACAUCUCAAAGUACAUCUUACACCAUUGAUCAUAAUUCUACAAAGCAGUCUUUAACCUUCUGUGAGUUUAUGGAAAGAAGACAAAAAUUACAGACUCAAGAAGAAGAGAUUAACUCCAUUCAAAAACGGAAAAAGAAUGAACGUGUGUGUCACAUCUCGAAAAAGAAAAAGAACAAAGAAGAACUGGUUAAGAUCAAUAUAGGAGUUGCAGAGGUUGAUGUUGACUGCAGAAAAUUGAAAAUUAGAAGAGGAUCCCUUCUUCCAGUUGAAGUGCUAAAAACUGAUUAUCAUGUUGCUGUUAAAGAAAAGGGAAUUACAAAACAAUUGGCACACAACAAACAUAUGAGAGAAAUUGGUCAUUGUGGUUGGAUUCUUUUGUAUCCAGAUUUUGAUCAGGUGCUUCAUCUCCCUGGAACACAAAGUCCAUUCUCAGUGGAAAAGUAUAAAGAGUCCAUAGGAAGAGCAUAUUCUCGUGUCAACUUAUAUUUAUGUCGAAUACAUGACUAUGAACUUGCGAAUGACCUGGAUGAUAGUGAAGAACUGGCACAUGUAUAUGCUGGGAUGGAGAGCAAACCAUGUUCACCGACAAUACAGGCAGUUGCUAAUGAUACAUUCCAAGUGAACAGCAAUGUUUGUGAGAUGCCUGAUCCUCCAAAUGCAUUUAACUCUGAUGAUGUUCCAGAUUCUUUACUGAUAGCUGCUAUGGAAACACCUUCCAAUGAUUUGGAAAAUAGUUUUGAAGGGGAUGUGCAGUUUAGACUUCAUGAAGAUCAGAGCGAUUCACUAAAUCAUGCCGACGUAAUGGAUCGUGGAACAAGUUCAAUCAUGGUGCAGUUUGAAAGAAGCCAGCCUGAAGUCACUCCCGACAAAAUGGAAAUAACUAUUCAUCGAUCAACACUUAUGAAAGAUCUAAUUGCUGCAUUUUGUGAUCCCAAAGUGUCGAAUUCAAUUUUGUUUUUUAAAGUCGUUGAUGCACGAGGUGUUGAAGAGAGAGGUGAAGGAAAGGGUGUUGCUAGGGAUGUGCUUACAGAAUUUUGGUGUCUCUUCUUUCAGUCUCUUGCUGUAGGGGCCGCGGCUAAAGUUCCCGUAAUACGACAUGAUUACCAGAAAGAUCAGUGGGAAGCAAUAGCUAGAAUAUUGUUAUACGGAUACAGCAAAGAGGGGAUUUUCCCUAUUUCCUUGUCAGCCGUUUUUGUCGCUAGUUGUAUUCUGGGCGAUGACGACAUUUCUGACGAUAUGUUGUUGCAGGCAUUUAAGCUGUAUGUAUCUGAAGAUGAAAAAGAUGUCAUCAUUGAUUGUUUGCAAAAUUGCGAGAACUUCGUGCAGAAUACGGACUUAUUAGACCUGCUAAGCAGCUACAACUGUUACAGAAAUCCAAGCGGCGAAAACAUUGAAAGUAUUAUCGCCCAACUUGCCCAUCAAGAACUCAUUCAGAAGCCGGGCUACGUAAGCAACUGCUGGAAUCCGAUACUACAAUCGAUGAAUGUCGAAAGUACACAAUUCCAGAAUAUCUCAAACAUUCUUUUGUUUUACGAUGAAAAAAAGCCUACGCCAAAGAAAGUCAUUAAAAUGCUUGAUGCAUCUCCGCAAAAUGACAACGAGCACGUAACGUUCGAACACUUGACCAAAUUCAUUAAAUCUCUUGGAAGUAACGUCGGUGCAUUUCUUCAGUUCACUACUGGAGCCAGUGUGGUUCUGCCCGAAAUGAAAUUAAAGGUCACAUUCACUGACUUAAAUGGUUUAGCUCGUCGGCCUGUGGCGCAUACUUGUGGUCCUUUACUUGAAGUCCCUAGCACCUAUCAGUGCUACAAUGAGCUAGUUGAAGAGUUCUCAUCAAUUCUUCGCGAGAAGAGUUCGUGGACUUUGAUAUUGUCUAAUGGGGACAUUGAAGUUAUAUCUACGUACGCUUUAUCUGAAUUUUAUGUGGCACUCUAG